UCCACCCUAUACCUCACAUGUGUCUGUCUGAAAAUAACUCAAGAAAUUAUCGAAGGAAAGAGACCAAAAAUGGCAGCCAUCGCUCUCCCAAGGAUUUUCAACGCAUCAUACUCACUAACCAGAUCAGUUAAACCAUCGGAUUCUCCCUCUUCCACCCUUCCGAAAACAUCUCCGUUUCCAUUUCAAAUUAACUCUUCCAGAUUUCAUCUCAAACUCAUCCCAAAUCUCAAAUCUCGCCCGCUCUCUCAUCUCUUCAACGUUCCUCGUUCCACUAAUCCAGAAACCCAACACAAUCUUAACCAAAUCAAAUCAAUUUUCACUGGCAUCGUCGAGGAAAUGGGCGAAGUUCGGCAUCUAGGUAUAACCAACGACGGCGGCGGUUACACUAUGAGAAUCGCUGGUAAAGUCGUCUUAGAAGGAGUCAACCUCGGUGACAGCAUCGCCGUCAACGGAACUUGUCUCACUGUGACGGAAUUCGAUGAAUCUGAAUUCACAGUUGGAUUAGCUCCGGAAACUCUCAGAAAAACUUCCCUCAUUGAGCUCAAAUCUGGAUCUUUGGUAAACCUAGAAAGGGCUAUGACACCUACGACUAGAAUGGGUGGACAUUUUGUUCAGGGUCAUGUUGAUGGAACAGGAGAAAUUGUGUCUACAGUGACUGAAGGAGAUUCUUUGUGGGUUAAGGUGAAAACGAAGCCUGAAAUUUUAAGGUACAUUGUUGGAAAAGGGUUUAUAGCUGUAGAUGGGACAAGUUUGACUGUAGUUGAGGUUUUUGAGGAAGAAUCUUGUUUCAAUUUUAUGUUGGUGGCUUAUACACAACAGAAGAUUGUGAUUCCUUUGAAAAAAGUAGGGCAGAAAGUGAAUCUAGAGGUGGAUAUUUUGGGCAAAUAUGUUGAGAGGCUUCUUGGUGUUGGAACCAAAUCUUCAUAAACCCUAAUAAGGUACCCGACAUGAAAAACAACUGUAAGAAUAAAUCCACAAGAUCUUUGAACUGUGAAUUUCAUAUUUUUGGGAAAGGUCGUUUUCCUAGUGACAUAUAGAGGUAGGAAUUUAUGGAACCGGAUCAUUUGUAACAGUUCUUUGUUGUUUGUUAAGUGGGUAGAACUACACUUCUAGGUUAUCCGUGGAUGUUUACACAAUACUUUAUAAUCCAUUAUUUUUUUCAAUCA